CACCCUUCCCUCUACCAAAAUGUCCGUUUCGCUGACCCCAAGCCACUCGCUGGGAUUCAACCGGCCGUUGACACAAACUGUCAAACGUUCGCUCACUUUAACCAAUCAUAACCAGCUUCCUCUCGCAUUCAAGGUCAAAACAACCGCCCCCAAGCUUUAUACAGUACGGCCGAACACCGGGCGUGUAGAACCCGGUGAGAGCGUCGAUGUUGCGGUUAUGCUUCAACCGCUCAAGGAGGAGCCUCCGUUGAACGCCAAGUGCAAGGACAAAUUCCUCAUUCAAAGCACGACAAUCAGUUCCGACAAGGAUUCACUUUCGGUGCAGGACAUCUGGAGCAGCGCGGAUCCGAGUAAUGAGGGAGUUCAUCAGCAGAAGCUUAGAGUGGUGUAUCUGCCUGCGGAAGGCCAGACUUUGGUCGAGGAGGAUGAGGAGGUUCACGCUAAUCCGAGCUCUAUGAUCGCUCCCGGAGGAGACACACAUUUCGCCACUGUCCGCCAGCAUAAUCCACCUGUCAAUGGGGAAGUCGCAACCGAAAUCGAACGGCCUUCGUCGCCUCCAGGCGACUUCAGCAAUGCAAAUGAAGUGCCUCACGACGAACAUCCCUCCUUUGAAGCCCCUGGUGUCAUCGUCACACCUCCACCAGCCGAUCCUAUCACCCUCAAACCCGAGCAGGAAAUUAAGUCCGCGCCGGAGCCCGAGCCCACACCUGUACCACCUCCAGUUGCCAAGCCAGCCGCUUCGACUCCGACACCACCCGUCGUGCGAACUGCCUCGAUCCCGACACCGGUCGUGGAAAGACAGCCUCCAGCGGAAGAUUACGCGCUCAAAUGGACGCAGGCUCAGGCCGAAAUUGAACGACUGCGAGCUAUGCUGGCGGCCCCAGCCCCGGCUCCUGUCACCGAAAUGCGCCGCAGGACGAGACGUGUCUCGGAUACUUCAGCAGGGACGACUGCUGUCGACUUUGCUCCUCAGGAGACCACCAUUCAGGAAGGAGUGCCUCUCCAAGUUGUCGUGAUCAUCGCCCUUGGGGUCUUCAUCACCACGUACCUCUUCUUCUGAUCUUACAAUCCAUCCGGCUGUCUUCCUCGUUUUCCCGUUAUAUAAUUCACGGAGUUGAUGGACGUUGUAUUUGCACACCUUUCGUACCGUCUCUUUUUAUCGUCAUUGCCGCAUAGUGCACACACACUCCUUUGGGAUCCGCAAAGUACUUAUGUUUUAUCCGUAGUCUUCCUCCGUUUCUUAUUGCUCUGCAAGUUGGUCUGAGCGAUACGUGGAAUGAAAACAAGAAGAAAGACUGACCGUGAUUUGUCCUAACGGAAUUG